CACCGCCUCCCUGUUCUCACCCACAAUCCCUCCGAGCAGGAACCGGCUCAUCUGUGCCACCGAAGCAUAGAGAUCCGAAAGAAAAGAAGGGAUGAGCUACCAGAACAAAGCGGAAUAAUUUGCACCUUUACCACACAUACAGAGGAGAACCGGAUUAUACACAGCUCUUUUCUUUUGCAUUUUGUCUUUGUCCUGUUGCGCCACAAGCUCUCGUUGUAGCUGGAGGGACCUCUCUCCUCCUUUUGUGUUGCUCUGCAGUUGUUUACCUUCCAACUUCUGCCUCCUGCUUCGUCAAACGGGAGGUUUCGUUUCAUUUUUUCUCGUUUCUGCCUAAACGGAAUGAAUGACAAAAACAAAGGAGGUUGAUGUCCAUAACUCUCCGACUCACCUCUUCUUCGCCUCGCCCAAGGAACGGAGACUCCAUCUCCGGCAGAAGAUGGAAAGCGGAGGCGGGACGGAGGGCUCGGACAGCGGGCAGACGCAGCACGCGGUGCCGGGCCAGCAGCAAACCGCGGAGCUCUCUGCGGGGCUCUCCGCUCGUCCUUCGGGUGAGAAGAAGAAGAUAAACCGGGCCCCGUCCCCGGCCAGACCGAAGGAUGUGCCCGGGUGGUCGCUCACGAAGAUCCGCGGAGGGAUCGGGACCCCGACCCUGAGCGUCAAGCCGGGAGCCAUUCAUCUGGGUAGCCGCAUUUCCAGGCGCAGCCCCGUGGGCAGUCUCGCAGGAAAGGAUGGCAAAGCGGAGAAAUGCGGUGGUGCAAAACCGGCCGGCAAAUCCUCCUUCUCUGGUGGCGCGUUGUCCAAGACCUCAGGGUCCAAGGCGGCGAAGAGCUCCGGAGGGCGGAGGAAGGUUUCGGACGCCAGCAUAGGCUCAGACGAUUUAUCCAAAGACUCCGGGUGCGCCCCCGGGAAGCUGUCCCCGACCGACAGCAGCUCCGAGCUGUCGGACUGCGCCUCCGAGGAAAACAAACUCUCCGCGGACGCUGUGAGCAGCGACGCCGAGUCGAGGAGCAGCCGGGGCGGCGGGAUGGAUGUCGAGAAGCCGCUCAGGGAUGGCGCGUUGGCGGACAGGGCUAGCCAGCAAGCCGCCGCUAAGACCACCUGCUCAUCGGCAGAGAAAGACGACAAGGACCGACUCUCCCUGAGCAUUGACACCGGGGAAGGGAGCAUAUCCCCCGGAGAGGAACGGUCGGCCACUUCGUUUGACAGCAGGGUGCCUGCCAGCACAUCUCUGGCUUUCUCAGACCUCACAGAGGAGUUCAUGGACGGCAUGCAUGAGGAGUUCGUCAGGGAAAUAGAAGAGCUUAGAUCUGAGAAUGAUUACCUCAAAGAUGAGAUGGAGGAGCUGAGGUCGGAGAUGCUGGAGAUGAGGGACAUGUACAUGGAGGAAGACGUUUACCAGUUGCAGGAACUGCGACAACAGCUCGAUCAGGCAAACAAGACCUGCCGCAUCCUGCAGUACCGGCUGAGGAAGGCAGAGCGGCGCUCUCUCCGAGUGGCCCAAACGGGGCAUGUGGAUGGAGAACUGAUACGAACACUGGAGCAAGACGUAAAAGUGGCGAAGGACGUCUCCAUCCGUCUCCAUAGCCAGCUGGACAGCGUGGAGAAGAAGAGGAGUCGCCUGGAGCAGGAGAACGAGGAUCUGAGGGUCCGACUGCAAGACCUGGAGGUUGCCAGACAGGUCCUACAGCAGGAGAUUGACAAGAAUUCCCAGAAGAAGAGAGGAGCACGGCCCAAUAACAAACCUGACAAGAAGCUGGCUCCACAGGAGGACUCUUCAGACCUCAAGUGUCAGCUCCACUUUGCCAAGGAGGAAUCAGCCCUGAUGUGCAAGAAGCUGACCAAGCUGGUGAAGGACAGCGACGCCAUGAAGGAGGAGCUGGCCAAGUACAGGUCUCUGUACGGGGACGUCAAUGCCUCGCUCACCGUGGAGGAGGUUGCUGACUCACCCCACACCCGCGAGGCAGAGAUCAGAGUCCACCUGAAGCUGGUGGAGGAGGAGGCCAACCUGCUGAGCCGACGCAUUGUGGAGCUGGAGGUGGAGAACAGGGGGCUCCGCGCUGAGAUGGACGACAUGAAGGGGCCUCAAGAUGCUCCUCAAGAACUGACUGGUGGUGGUGUGGGGGCAGGGCUUGGCCUGGCGGGAGGAGCCAUGGUUCUUGGGGGAGGGGCUUCGUCCGAAAACGUCAUGGAGCUCCAGAGGCAUCUCCAGUUUGUGGAGGAGGAGGCGGAGCUCCUGAGGAGGUCCCUGAUCGAGAUGGAGGAGCAAAACAAACUCCUGAUGAACGAGAUCAACCGCUAUAAGUCUGAACUCCCGCCGCCAACGUCUGCGCUGUCGUCCAGCUCAUUAAUGUCGCUGACAGAGGGGCUGCUCAACGACAGCCCUGUGCACGCCAUACAGGAAGGGGCGGUGCUUAUCAGCACAGACACCCCGGCCGAGGAGGAGGAGCUGCGACUGGCGAGGCUUCAGAUUGGAGAGCUGAGCGGGAAGGUGAAGAAGCUGCAGUAUGAGAACCGUGUGCUCCUGUCCAAUCUGCAGCGCUGUGAUCUGGCCUCCUACCACGCUCCUUCCUCCUCCUCCUCCUCCUCCUCCUCAUUAAGACUAGCUCUGGACACGGACGCAGAGGCUGGAGACUCGGCGGAGUGUCUCCCCACCAGCCCGCCCCAUCGCAAAGAGCCUGUAGGAGGCGAGAAUGAUGCCCUCCAGAUCAAGGAACAGAAAGCGAAGAUCGAGGACAACGCUGAUGCAACGACUCCGCUCGCUGGGUGCCUGGGGCAGAAGGACCAUGAUGCCUUGCUGGCCAUGAGGGACCAGGCUCGCUUGGUUUCCACAGCGAUACAGCUCCUGACCUCCCCCGAGUCAAACUGCCUCUCCUCCUCCCCAUCCAUCUAUCACAAGGUCUGCAGCAAUGAGGCAGCAGAACCGUGUGACCUGGAGAAACCGCAGCCUCAGAGCCAGAUCUCAGAGCUGUCUGAUGUGGCGGACCGUCCCCUGGUGGGUGCUCUGACCAGCAGGCUGCAGGCCCUACACACCCAGCUGCAGGCCUUUGUGGAGCGGGUGGAUGGCGUGGGCAAACCCCCGGCAGGCGAGAGGGACGCUCUGGUGGAAGGAGCGUCUCCUCUGGCCUCGCCCUGUACCUCCGGCCCCUGCUCUGAGGACAGCCAGGACGGACAGAACAGAGCAGAGGACAAGCAGCCUGAUUAUAGGGACCAACCAGAGCCAGCAGUGAAAGAUGAAACUAAGGAGAGCAGCGAGUCAGACUGCGAUCAGUCACAAAAGACCAGCCAGCUGGAACAGGAGGAGGAGGAGGAGAAGGAGAUAGACGUUGCAGCGCCCGCUCAGUCCAGUGACCUCCAGGCCCAGCCGUCUGAAGCCGAUGAGUCUGUUCGAGAGGAGCUGGAGAAUGAGAGGCAGGCUCAGAAAGAAAUCGCUCUCAAACUCACACAGCUCCAGGAGGAGCACCAGAAGGCCCUGCUCCGACGGGACUUCCAGCUGCAGAGUCUGGGCCUCCAGGCUCGUCUUCAGCAGAAGCUGUGGAGCCAGGAGAGGACUCUGCUGGUCCAGGAGUCCCAGCACCUCAAACAGGCCCUGUUACUGCUCAGCCUCAAACUUCGCUGCUUCCUCAAACAGUGGAGGCUGGGCUGCAAGAAAGACACAGAGUGGAAAGAUGUCCUGGAGAUGAACAGCCUGAAGGAUCUCUACCUGCUGUUGGAGGAGGAGAACCUGCCCAGCCCCACUCACCAGACCGACAGAAGGGGAUCCACCGACGAACAGCCGCUCAGCCCGACUAUAAAGUCGAGCGCCGUGAGCAGCACUCUAGCUGACCUGAGGGUCGCUCUGCAGGAUCUGAGCGGAGAGUUGAGACAGGAACGACAAGGCUCCCAGGAACUCACUCAGCAGUUUGCCAAGGCCAAGGCAUCAUGGGAAGUGGAGAGGACUGAACUGAAGAGCCUCAUCACACAGUUUGAGACCAAAGCCGGCAAAGCUGCAGCAGCCCUGCCCUCCGCUGACGCACUGGACCCUCCAGACUUGAAGGUGGCGCUGAAGAGGGAACGUGAAGAACACCAGCAUCUCCUCGCUGAGUCCUAUGCAGCUGUGAUGGACCUAACUAAGCAGCUCCAGAUCGGAGAGAGGAACUGGGGCAGGGAGAAGCUGGAGCUGCUGGAGAGGUUCAGCCAGGAGAGAGCUCAGUGGGAACAGAGGCUUAGGGAGGCCACUGCACAGCAGGGGAAGUCCGUGUCUUCUGCACAGUUGAAGACGGCCGGUGGUGAGUCCUCUGUGGACACAGUUGUUGCUAAUGGGACAGGAUCCCCCAGGUUGAAGUCCACACUGGGGCUGGAUGGCCCAGAGCUCAAUGGAACAGCCAAUCAGGAGGAGAAGACCCAGUGUUCAGUCCCACCUGUUUUAGUUCACCCAGAGAUGGGUGACAUCUCCAGGAAGAACUGGACUUACCUGACCAAUGAGGCCCCAGAGAUCAUGGACACCUGUAAAACCUGGGACGGCCCCAGCGGCUCCAGCAGCAGUCCAGUAGGAUCACAGCUGGAUAUGGAGUCCGUGCAGAGGAGCUACACUGCUCCAGACCGCACGGGCAUCCGGAUCUACUACAGCCCUCCUGCUGUGAGACGCAUGGAGCACCGGAGAAGAAACCAGGAGCCCAAAGAGCUGCCGCAGGCCCAGAAUGGAAGCUCCCCCCUGGAGCUGAAUGGCUCAGACGUUGGCGUGGCUGCGGUGGAUCAUCCGCAUCAGCAGCCUGCGUCCACUUUUUCCUCUUCUUACGAGCAGUGGCUGAGCUCGCUGUCCCUGCAGCACAGGGAGCUGCUGGAGAGCCGAAGCAGCUGCAUCGCCAGCUCCAUGCCCAGUGUCAUCAGUAACAGCUUGAACGGCUCAGCCAACAGCGUGGUCGAUGGGAUGUCGUCUGCUUCUGCUUUCCACGGUCUGGAGAUCGGGGAGAUUUCAGCCAAUUUAAGUGACGACAUGAAGGAGAUGACCAACUGUGUCCGCCAGGCCAUUCGCUCUUCUUCUCUGGAGAGGAAAUCCAGCAAAGAACCCGGGACUCAGGCGGUUGGUGUGUCCACCAGGUCCACGCAGACUGCAGCUCAGUACGUCAGCAUUGGGCUUCAAACCGAGGCCCUUCCCAGCAGCAGGGGGGCGGCGCUACACUCCAAAUCCUGGUCUCCUCGUCCCUCUUCAACAACCACCUCCUCUUUAGCGUCGGCCCGAACUCGGCAGAUAUCAACGUCUCUAGAUAAAGUCCACGGCCGCAUCGAGAGGCCGUGCUGUUCACCUAAGUAUGGAUCACCCAAACUACAGCGCAGAGUGUCUUCUGGCUCCACCUCCAGACUGGAUGGGACUUCCAGGGACCGCAGCCUGUGGAGCCUCCAGCAGAGACCCAUCGGGGGAGGGGGGGGCUCGGCCUGGGCUCGCUCCACCACCACCAGGGACAGCCCCGUGCUGAGCGGCCUCACCGACGGUCUGUCCAGCCUCUUCAGUGUAGUGGAACACUCUGGAAGCACAGAGUCGCUGUGGAGGGGUGACGCAGGAGGCAGCCAGACGGCCAGCCCAGCUAGGCAGCCUCCCGCUGCAGGGAAACCCUCAGGUGUGGCGGUCUGUGGAUCCGACCCCAGCUCUCAGCGGUACGGAGGCCUGGUCCAGGAGUUCUUCAGGGAAAAGGCGCAGAGAGAUUCCCUCGGUGGCCUCGGCGGCCUCGGAGUGUUGGGGGGUUUCGUCGGCGCGGAUGAGCCCAAGCCGGAGUGCGUGUCAGUGGGAGGGCUCGGCUCACUGACUGGGGCGGCUGGAGGGAACGACAACGUCACCAGGAUUGUCAAUAAGAGGUUCAUGAGGCAGACGGCGGGGGAGGACACGGAUGUACCCUGCGACUGCACUGCUCAGUCUUCCUGCUUCACCCGACCAUCACGCGCGGCCACUCGCCACUGCAAGCACCGACCUCAAGAGCCUGCAGCGGCGACGGAGGAGAAGGGAGACGCCUGCAACGACUGACGACACCUCUGCUGCCACACGCACACACACACGCACACACACACACACACACACACACACGAAUCAACACUGAUCCUCACUCCACUGCCAGGAAAACUACUUUUCUCACACCUACAACCUGCCACACGGGCACACUGCCAAACAUGACACACUAACCUACUGCCACACGCACACAUCCACAGACACACAGGCAAUAUACGACUCGUCUUGGACUGUACCAUUCUGAUGCCAAGGACAGGGAGGACAGAAACUCCAACCCAGACCCAACCGUCUCAGAACUACCAGCACACAUACGCAUACUAAGUCACCCAGAUAAGUUUGAAGUGAAGAAAGUCUAACAUGAUGUCAAGACUGGACCUAUUCAGACAGCUUCAACGUUCACAGUAACAGGUACUACAAAUUGUCUGAUACGGACAGAAGACCCAACACACUGACGUCACCUCGGCAACAUGCUGUUAAACGAGCAGCCACGUUAGAAGCAAGGAGCGAAAACCUCCUGUUUACAUGUGCAUUCAGUAGUGCAUGUGUCAUUUUGGGAGGGGUAAAACUGCAGAGAAGACAUCUGUCAGAGAUGGGAAGAUGUGGUGGAAAGCCUCGGCUUCCGUCUGAACUUUGACACAAACGCAUCCUGUGCUGGGAGAUGAUGCCGCUUCCAUUCGUUAGCACAAUAACAUUCCAGCGAGUGUCUCCGACACGGAUUUAAAAAUACCGCAGCUUCGUGUACGCAACUCCUUCAGUUGCAGGCUAGUUUACAAUGCCUCGUAUUAAUCGACAAAAGGAACAUCUUGAGGCCUGUGGAGACGCGUAAUUCCAGCUUGACCAGCCUUGGACUCCACUGAUAGAUGUUUGGACUUAACACGUGAGACCAGGAUUUAGACCUCAAACACCACCGCCCUUUCACUUUAUUUGGAAAUCUUAUUUUAUUUAAUUUUUCUUUUUUGGACACACAUAUUGGGACAUUUUGAGGCGACAUAGCCAUGACUUAAACUUGUAGAUUUAAAAAACAAAACUACUUCAGAGACGCUACCCUUCAGAUUCUGACUGAGAAACGGUUUGAACUGAUGUCAAGAUUCAUCCUUUAAACAUGGAGGGAGGACCUGCUGAAGCCCGACAGUGCAGCAUAGCUGUUGCUUGUGCUGUUUGAAGACCACUCCAGAGUGAAAGUCAUAUUUCAUUGUAUUUAUUUUUUUUUAACUUCUUAUUCCAUUUUUUUCUAGUUUGGGGUCAGACGUAAAGUCACAUGAAAUGCAUUCCAUUUUUUCUCAGUGCAGCAAAGCAGGUUCAUUUACUCUGCGUUUGUUCUUCGUAUGUAGCUUUUGUAAUCUGAUACUGAAGUUUAAAACGUAUCAACCCAGCCAUCUUUAAUGUAUACAGGAUACAAAAUCAUACCUGAUGUAGUGUAACCACAACGACUCACUGAAUUCCAUUAAUUAGAGCUGUGUGUGUGUGCGUAUGGUUUUUAUGUACAUUUGGUUGUUCACUUUUUAUCUUUCUGUUGCAUAAAUGCACCAUUCCCUGUUUAAAUGAAGGGGAUCAUUUUAAAGUCACCUUCCCUCGUCCUCUUCUAUCUUCUGCGAACUUUGUACUUAUACUGAAGAUGUAGCAUGGUAGUCUUUGUAAACAGCUAAGAGCUAAACUAAGGAAGGUUUUUACUUAUUUCAAGAAAUAAUUUCACGUUGCUUUUAAUUUCCUCUAUUCGUCUAGUUAGUUUAAAACGUAUUAGCUUUUUACCUGAGCGUCAGUUCCACCAGUAUAAAAAAGGAUGUCUGCACACUUAAGAGAAAUAUCUGGGACAGACGUGAAGGACUAAGAGUAGUUACUUAACUGACACGAAUGCAAAAAUGCCAAGAGAAAUUGUUUUAAAGUGAAAAAAUAGUGUAAAAUGAAAACAAUCAUUGAAGUUUUGAAGUUCUAUUACAUGUUGUUUCUCCCAUCUAUUUCAUUUGCCACGUCUUUCUAAUCAAUCACCUGGUAUUCAAAGUGCCUGUCACAUCACCUAUAAGUCAGCUCACACCAAAACUGGACUCAUGAAAACCCACAGACCCAGCAGGCCUUUUUUUUAAAUGAGUGAGAUCGUUUUUAUGCACAUAAUUACAAUCAGGCACUAAAGCUACGAUGAAGUACUGUAGUACAGAGGAGGAGGGACAAACUGGUGUAGGAGAAUAGUAAAUACACUAUAGAAUAACUUUUUUAUAUUAAGGGUUAUAUUAUAUUUCUGGAAAAUAAAUUAUUUUUGUUCAGUUUUUUUAUUUUUUACUUGAUGUUUUUCUGAUAUAUUAGCUUCUUUCUAUUCUUUCUAUUUAGUUACCGCGGUGCUACUCAGUGUAAAGUCUGCUGUGGGCCGGCUGCCCUUUGGCAAGGCAUCUACCCAUCUUUCUAUUCGUCUAUUUUACCAAGUCUGGUUGUGUGCGAGUAGCAGUCCAGCGUUCCUCCGGCUCUGCGCACCAUUUAAUGACUCAGCAGUUUAAAAUAGGGCAUUACAGCAACGGUGCAUGUAUUUAAAUAACACACUGAGGAAAACCCACAGUCUACAGGCUGCUGCUCUCUGUCUCCACUGCAGCCCUCACUGCUGGUACAAAACCAAAACCCACCGCUUCAAACGCUACGCUCCUGAUUGCUGCCGGACUACAAUGUCUGAUUUUCAACCACAUAAUUACACAACAGGUAGUUUUAGCCGAGCAUUCUGAUUGGUUAAACCGUAAAAACAAGUGACAUCAGCUAAUAAGACUGAAUACUCAUCAGUUCCUUUCUACAUUCCACAUUUCCAUCAUUUGAAGCUUUGUAAAUACAUUUGUACAAACUACAUCUGGAGAAUUAAUUAGAUCGUGUGAUGAAUUUAACAACGAUUCAAUUUAACACACAUGAAGUGCAAACGUCAUUAUUGUCUCUUUAUUUCAAGCUUAGCAGCCAUGGUAGUUAAAAUAAACAGCUAACAUUUUCGAAAAACACCCAUUUGGAAAUCGACGUAAUGAAUAGGUUUUAUUUAUCGCACAGAACAGUGGCACUGGUUUUCAGCGUGGUAUUUCUCAGCCUGGAGGACCACCACAUGAAGGACAACAGCAGCUCAACAUCCACUCAACAGAGCUACACAUUGUCAAAUACACUGAAUCUGAAUUUGGUAAAAUGGCAAAACAAAUGCUUCACAGCAUUCUCCGAUUAAAACUUAAAACUAAUCAAAAGUGCAAUGUCUUCUCAUGUUUGACAAAUACCAUUGACUGUGAUUCGUACCCAGCUUACAGUAUACUGUGUACUGGAGGACAGUGUGGAGGGCUGGCCAAACAAUGUGUUAUUAUCCAGACUGGAAAUAGUUCAGACGCAUAAGUGGUGUCAUGUAAGAGAGAUCAUAAAAGGGCAGUGCACUGUUGUCCAGACAUCUCAGAAAAGUAGUGCAUUGGUCCCGUGUGCCAGUUCACAGCAGGCAGGCUCGGAGGUUCAGGACGGCCAGUGACCACAGUCCAAUAAUGACUGAGUCGUCCCGCAGUCUGUCCCACCACGCACCACAGUGAACAGUCUGAAACCGCAAAGGAACCUUCACCACAGGCUAAUAUUAGACCCGACUCAGUUCCUGCCUGUUAACAUGCACUGCAGAUCUACACAACCUGACGCACUAAUCCUUUGAUAUUUUAACAAAGUUACAUUUCACUGGUAAAGCUGAAACUACAAUAGAUGCCAGUAACAGGUUGGAACAAUUAUUGUGCUUUUAUAUUAAAACAGGAAAAACUCGUACAGAGUAAAAGCCACAAACCGGAAAGAAAUCAACUAUGUGCACAAUAGAUUCCACGCUAUUGAUAGUUAGCAUGAUUUAGUCAAAACAUGACAUUAAUGAAACAAAACCUCUGUUCUACCUCUUAUAGUUUUAAUACACUCUGACACACGCCAUGAGAUAACAUGGAGCAUGAUUGAUGUAUAUUUAACUUCUUGCAAUGAGUCAUUGCAGCAUAUUUGACACGUUCACACCAGGGUCAUUUAGUCUCACUGUCCACAACAAGGUCACUUGAGUGCCUUUCCUCUACAAAGAUGUCUCGCUUUUGUUAAGACUUUUAUUUUAAUAACGUCAGCAAGUAACGCUUGCUGAGUGCACACUGUAUGAUGACGCCAAAUUCUGGAUGAAUUGCUUAAAUGAGUGCUGCUGGAAUUCAAAUUAAAUGACCAGAGUGGAUCCAGAAUGAUUUGUUUUGCAUUCAUCAUCAGUGAUGACUGGAUACUAUACAUUGCAGACAAAUGAGGGUCUUUGAAAUAAGCUUCUUGCUUCCAGACCUCCAAAUUCAAUCAAUUACAUUGCGGUUAGAUGUUUUUUUCCUCCUGACAUCACUAAUUCAGGCACAUGCGUAUGUUUCAGGCUAUGUAAUAGGACGUCUGAUAUGAAGAUGAUGUUCAGGGCUUGUGCAUAAAACUGGCUCUAUUGCUGCUUUUAAUGAAUAUUGGAGAAUGCAAAAAAAAAAAAAGUAAAUAUGGCGGUUUCAUCUUUUGGUGUGCACACAUAAAAUAGUUGUGCAUUAAGAACACUAUUAACUGUGUGUGUCACGACAGAGCUGGAAAUUCAUCUCAUUCAUCUAUUGGCAUUUACUACAGCCCAGUCAUAUUUUGUAGAAAAGUCCGUAACGGCAACUCAAAUUUGUCUUCGACUCUGGUGUCAUCGCUCAGUUGUCUCCACCGCUUCAUCUUUUCCACCUGCUUUCAGGUAUCACAUUUGCUCCUCCCCCUCAGGUUAUAAGAUACUUGGCAUUUCAGCCAGUCAUAGAACAGUUUUACAGGUCACACAGCAUCACCAGCCAACCACAGAUGACUUCAUGCAGGUUGCAUGACACAAACCAUGAGUAUUAUUGUUCCCCGGGUGUCUGUGCGCCUUUCAGAGCAACAUGACUGAUCCCAGCUUUUUUAACGUGUUUCCAUACCAUUCAUAUGCUGGGACUAUGUACAUGAUUACUUAGCUAAACUAUUACCUAGAGAUUGGCUGUAUAUAUGCUUUAUAUACCCCUACUCUUGUCUUUUUUUAAUAUUGCUAGAUUCUUCAAGAUUCUUGAAUAAAAGGAGAAUGCAAUGAAAGCAAAAUAAAAAUGAGUACACUGUAAGAAAAGCUGUCCCCUUGAAUCGCAACUUUAAAAGUAAAGAAACGCCCGUACUCUCUGUCCUGUUGUUUCUUCGAGAAAAGCUGAAUGCCAACAGCUGUCCUGACCCGGGCCGCUGUGGAAGUAUGUAGCUCUCUCUCCCUUUGUAGGCCACACUUUGUAGACCACACUUGAGCAUUUCUUCUGUACAUAGGUGCAUUUUGAAGCAGAUGAAAAACAAACAGAACAAUGGCAGCAAACGUUAAUGUAAAAAUUUGAUCUGAGCUGAUUUUUAAAGGGGUAAGGGUUUUUUGUUUCUCUGAUCAAUGUAGCUUGUAAAACAAGAUAUUACAACUGCCUCCUGUUUGUCAUAGAAUUCACAAAUAAAUGUUUGAUGGACUUUA